UGCGGGGCGGGGGCGGGGCCAGCGGGCCAGGGGGGCGCGGGGCGCUGGGCCCGGACGGGCACGGCGGAGGAGGGGCUCAGGUGACGCGGACCGGGAUCGGGUCCCGCCGCGCACCCCAGACUUGGUCCAGGUGUCCGGUCGGCGGCGUUCCCGCUCUCUCUUGUCCGGUCAGAGUCCCCGUCUAGCCGGGGAGCUGGUGGUCACCAUGGCAAUGCGAGAGCUGGUGGAGGGCGAAUGUGGGGGUGCCAACCCGCUCAUGAAGCUGGCCACCCACUUCACCCAGGACAAGGCCCUUCGGCAGGAGGGACUGAGGCCUGGCCCCUGGCCCCCGGGAGCCUCUGCAGCGGAGACGGUUUCCAAGCCUCUGGGAGUAGGUUCUGAAGAUGAGUUGGUGGCAGAAUUCCUGCAGGACCAGAAUGCACCCCUUGUAUCCCGUGCCCCUCAGACCUUCAAGAUGGAUGAUCUCCUGGCAGAGAUGCAGGAGAUUGAACAGUCAAGCUUUCGCCAGGCUCCUCAGAGAGCCCCCGGUGUAGCAGACUUGGCCUUGUCUGAGAACUGGGCCCAGGAGUUUCUUGCCGCUGGAGAUGCUGUGGAUGUAGCUCAGGACUAUAAUGAGACUGACUGGUCUCAAGAGUUCAUUGCCGAAGUUACAGAUCCCUUGUCUGUGUCCCCUGCUCGAUGGGCUGAGGAGUAUCUGGAGCAGUCUGAGGAGAAGCUGUGGUUAGGAGAGCCAGAAGGAACAUCCACCACUGAUCGAUGGUAUGAUGAAUACCGUCCCGAGGAGGAUCUGCAGCACACAGCCAGUGACUUUGUGUCCAAGGUGGAUGACCCCAAAUUGGCUAACUCUGAGUUCCUGAAAUUCGUGCGGCAGAUUGGCGAGGGGCAGGUGUCCCUGGAGUCCGCUGCAGGGUCGGGCCGAGCUCAGGCAGAGCAGUGGGCAGCAGAGUUUAUGCAGCAGCAGGGCACCUCAGAGGCCUGGGUUGAUCAGUUCACAAGAUCAGGAAACAACACGUCUGCCCUUGAUGUGGAAUUUGAACGAGCCAAGUCAGCUAUAGAGUCUGAUGUCGAUUUCUGGGACAAGUUGCAGGCAGAAUUGGAGGAAAUGGCAAAACGGGAUGCUGAGGCGCACCCCUGGCUUUCUGACUAUGAUGACCUCACGUCCACUUCCUAUGACAAGGGGUACCAGUUUGAGGAGGAGAAUCCCCUGCGUGACCACCCUCAGGCUUUUGAAGAAGGGCUGCGUCGACUUGAGGAGGGCGAUCUGCCCAAUGCCGUGCUGCUUUUUGAGGCUGCUGUGCAGCAGGAUCCUAAGCACAUGGAAGCUUGGCAGUAUCUGGGUACCACCCAGGCUGAGAAUGAGCAGGAGCUCCUGGCUAUCAGUGCCCUGCGGAGGUGUCUGGAGCUAAAGCCAGAUAACCGGACAGCACUGAUGGCGCUGGCUGUAAGCUUUACCAACGAGUCCCUGCAGCGACAGGCCUGUGAGACCCUGCGAGACUGGCUGCGCUACUCACCAGCCUAUGCCCAUCUGGUGGCUCCUGGUGAAGAAGGGGCUAGUGGGACAGGACUGGGUCCCAGCAAGCGUGUCUUGGGAUCUCUGUUGUCUGACUCCCUGUUUCUUGAAGUGAAAGAGCUCUUCCUGGCAGCUGUGCGUUUGGACCCUACUUCCAUUGACCCUGAUGUGCAGUGUGGCUUGGGAGUCCUCUUCAACCUGAGUGGGGAGUACGACAAGGCUGUGGACUGCUUUACGGCUGCCCUCAGUGUUCGUCCCAAUGACUAUUUGUUGUGGAACAAACUUGGGGCCACCUUGGCCAAUGGGAACCAGAGUGAAGAAGCAGUGGCUGCCUACCGUAGAGCCCUUGAACUACAGCCUGGGUACAUCCGGUCUCGCUAUAACCUAGGCAUCAGCUGCAUCAACCUCGGGGCUCACCGGGAGGCCGUGGAACACUUUUUGGAGGCGCUGAACAUGCAGAGGAAGAGCCGGGGCCCUCGGGGUGAGGGGGGCGCCAUGUCAGAGAACAUCUGGAGUACCCUGCGAUUGGCGUUAUCUAUGUUAGGUCAGAGCGAUGCCUAUGGGGCGGCUGAUGCUCGGGAUCUGUCUGCCCUUCUAGCUAUGUUUGGCCUGCCCCAGUGACAGUGGGAUGAGCUGCCCUGUGAGUGUCUGCCUGGAGGGCUUCUUGCUCUGGGUGUGACUCCCUCUCCUCCAGUGGGCCUACCAAGGGGUUGGGCUGAUGACCACGAGCGGUACGACCUCUCAGGAGCUGCCUCGAUGUAGGGGUGCAUAGUCUGUGUCCUAGGUCCUACAUAAUUGUAGGGAAUGAGCUGUCUCUGUCCCUUGGUAAUUCAGGGGCUGUCUAUCCAGCUACAGAUCUCUUUCUGCUCAUCAUUGCCCUUUCUUGGUGCUGCUUUUUGGGUAGGACCCAAUGACAUAGGGAGAUUGUUGUCAUCAGCUGCCAUUAAUGAUAGGGUCUACCACAUUUGUAAGUCUCUCCUUACCCUACUCUUACUGGGAAUUGGCAAUAGUCCAGCUUCCUUGGGCAGUGGCGUGUAAGAGUCCUCACAGCUGUGUGAUGCUGUGUGGGAUGGAUGUUAGCAGUUGGUCUGUUCACUGAAACGCUGACGUGUCUCCACAGACCCAAGCUUGGGACAGGUGCUCAUAGUUCUGUCACUUGUGGGAGUGAGCUGGGAUGCUCUGUGGUUGGACCCUGAAGUAGUGGAUGCUCAUGUGGCUACUGUAGUGUCCUCAGGGCCUGGGCUCAUCACUGCAGGGAGCAUGGGCUUUGAGGAGCAAUGAGCCUAGAGUCUGAGGUGGGACAGUAGGGGUGUGGUCAGUACUGCAGUCCCCUCUGCUCCUUGAGAGACCUGUAAGCAGGAACUGAGCAAACUUGUAGCAAACUGGUUCAGAAGUUGUGUUCUUGCCAAAUUCCCAGCAAAAGGAGGGUUCAGUGUUACCAUAAGCCUUCUUGAAACAUUUGUAGGGGAUAGCAUUGAACACCCCCCCCCCAUAUUACCUCCACAAGGUGAAGAUCAAGGGAUGCUGAGGGAGCAGCUGGGUUCUUCUCCACUGUCCUCUGUGUGGGGAGACACACAAGCCCCCACAAAUGACUGCUAAGCCUCUUGCCUUGUCUUCAGGAGCUAAUGAUCAGAGAUUUUUUUUUUAACUGCCAUGGUCCCAAGGUUCCAUCCUGAAAUUUAUUUUUCUUUGUAUGCAUAUGUGUAAAUGAUUUAAAAAUAAAACUGUAAAAUAUUUGUAUGAAGAAUAAAUUGACCUGAUAUGGGUAGGA